GCGGUGGUUAUGAGGUGUGCGCUGUUGUUUCGGAUUCUCUCGGUCUACGACGCAAGGCUUACACUUUCGACCAUCCCUCUCCGCAACAACGUAACUUCAGGGCUGACGACAACUUCACAACAGCUAUUCGUUGUAAUCAUAGCUGGUGCUAGAUAGCAGGUGGUUUAGUUAACAUCCAAUGUUAUUCUCAUCUGGCCCUCGUAUCUUACGCCUCCUGCCUUUACGACUAGACAUAAUGACUUCCCGGACAGCUAAAAAAAUGGCUCGUAAAACCAAGACCCCUGGGGAUAAUGUAGUUCACUCACCAUUUCUGAAAAUUAUCAUACCAGCACAGCAAGCUCGGCCCGCCCCACCUUUGGGACCACAGUUAGGUAGACGAAAUAUAAAUAUUGCAAAUUUUUGUAAGGAUUUCAAUGAGAGAACCAAGGAUAUCAUAGAAGGAAGUCCAAUGCCAUGUUUUAUUUCAGUCAAGCCGGAUCGAUCAUAUGAUUUGGUCAUAACCCACCCAUCAUCUAUGCAUUUGCUAAGAAUGGCUGCUGCUGCAAAGAAAGGCGCUUCUUUACCAGGCACCGAAGUAUGUGGACGUCUAACUUUGAAACAUAUUUAUCAUAUCGCAGAAGUCAAACAGCAAGAUCCACAUUUACUAACCAAGGAUUUAGAGGAUAUCUGCAAAAUGCUAAUUGGUACAGCUCAUCGUUUAGGUAUCGAGGUUUUGUCACCAGAGGAUUUGAAGUCUGGUAGAGUUGAUUAUACACCCAGUGGGUACGCGGAGUUCCUUCAAAGACGUGAGGAAAACUUAAAACAGAAAAAAAUGGAAGCUGAAACUGCAAAACAGAAUAAAGUCAGAUUGUAAACAGUAGAAGUAUAUAACAUCUUGUAACUAUUGUAGAUUAUUAUUAUUAUUAUUAUUAUUAUUAUUAUUAUUUUUGAAAUCCUCAUAAAAAUCAAGUGUUAGGGUUAUAUCAAAGUAACAAAGCAAAUAAGUAAAAGCGAAGAAAAUUUUCUUCCUGACAAUUUAUUUUCUAAAGCUGUACAAUCAUAUUUCAAAGCAAUGGGGAUAUGUGAUUACUAUAAUUUUUAGGCGUAGAACAGAAAGAUUCUAAAGACAAGAAAAAUGGUAAGGCUGAUGAAUGAUGAUGCACGUAAUGUUUUUGAA